UAUUACGCGGCGGAGAAGGCUGUGGGAGAGUGACGGGAGCUUUCGAACGAGAAACGCGGCCAAGAAAUGGCGAUGUCGAGCUUGAGAAAAAGGAAGAUUUAUGUGGUCAUGUUGGACUUGCGGCAUAUGCCACGAAAAGGACUAUGGCAACCAACUUCGCUCUCUCAUCCCGAGAUAAAUUUGCAGCCCAAGUUAUGUGGGGAGAUUGGUUCGUCAUGCACUCUAGACCUAAAUCUGUGCUAUAUCACUCCUUGUCUGUCUGCAUUUGUUUGUUAGAUCCAAAACAACUGGUAGCAUCUUCCUACCAAGCAUUUAAAGGCCAUGCAAGUCAUGGAUCAUCAGUUAUUGCUAGUCAAGACACUGUUUGGUGCUUGCUGGAGGGACUAGGUAUGUUGCUGCUUCUGUUUUUUGGUGGCAUGAUACUAUACCAUCCAUAAAUUAUGUCAAAAGGUCUAAUUCUUUGAUAGGAUCACUGAACAUUUGACACAUAUUAAGUGUGAUAGCAUCCUAUAUUGGAUACAGUAAAUACAACCAUGUCAUCCAUUUAUACUUUUACCUUUUGUUGUUCAUUAUUAUCCUUUCUUUAAAUUAUUAGAAAAUUUAGGUUUUUAUUCUUUUAUCUCUUUCAUCUGGUUCUCGGCAUUACUUUUUCAUUUGUUUACCAUGAUUUUUACCCAUGUUAUAUGAUGUCUUGAAUUAAAUGUAAUAAUUGUCAUUAAACCUGGAUAUGUUUAACAGAUGAGCUUCAAAUUAGCUGGUCUUGAUUUUUAUAAACACAUAUGCUUGAGCUUUUUAGGGAUUGGAUAUGUAUCAUGAAACAACAAACCUUGACAGGAUGAUCUGCAAAUAAAAAUUUAUCCCAAUCCAUUGUUUGAAAAUGAUUUUGGUCGGAUCUUAACACUUUGGUAGUUGAUUAGUUUAAUUAAUGCAGCUUAAACAUUGUUGAGUAUCAUAUAGGUAGCUUGAUUGUUA